AUGGGAAGGGCUAGGCUCCGAGAAAGCGAGAAAGACGCAGGCUAUUGCCACCUCUUCGUCGAAAAUCUGGAAGGAGCGGCUCUCAAAUGGUUCUCUCGUCUUAGGCGAAACUCCAUCCGAAGUUUCCGCCAGCUUGCAUCAGCGUUUCUCAAGCAAUAUUCUAUGAUCAUAGAUAGAGAAACGUCUGACGUGGACCUCUGGAGCCUCUCCCAGGGAGAAGACGAGCCUCUCCGCGAUUUCAUGAGCAUAUUCAAGAUUGUCAUGUCAAGGCCACGGACGAUCCAAGACGCUCUCCACAAGGCAACAGACUACAUCAUGAUCGAGGAGGAGACGAAAGUUUUGUCACAAAAGCAUAAGCCGACGAAAGGCUCCUCAAAGGACGUAGAUCAAAAACCCAGAAAGAAGAACCCUCGUAACGACAAGUAUGUCCAUCACAAGGGAGAAGAGCUUCAAGGGGCGCAUAACUAUGCGAUCAACCCCGAGCAGGGCAGAACUUCGGGGAACACAUGGACCCGCAACCCUGGGUAUGACGAGAACACCUUCUGCGAGUUCCACCAGACCCGAGGACACUCAACCACCAACUGCAAAGUCCUGGGAGCGAGACUGGCCGCAAAACUGCUUGCCGGAGAACUCUCCGAGGUAACCAGCGUGAAAGACCUUGUCCGUGAUUCCAACCGUCCUCCAAAGACUGAUAAAAAUCCGCCCGUGGAAAAUUCUCCUCAAAAGAACCAGUCGGGAGAUAAACGCGGAAGAAGACAUGACAAAAAAGGAAACGACAGCAAUCGUCGCAGAGUCAACAUGAUUAUCGGAGGAUCACAGUAUUGCAACGAUACGAACAACUCGAUAACUUUCGAGGAGGAAGAGGCCGGCGGAAUCGAUCAGCCGCAUUGUGAUCCGCUCGUCAUAGAUCUCGUCAUACAAGAUCUAGAGGUCGCAAGAGUUCUCAUCGAUACGGGGAGCACGGUCAACGUUAUCUUCCGCGAUACUCUCAAGAGGAUGAACGUUGAACUCGGAAAAAUUGUACCAACGCCAAAACCGUUGACAUGCUUCUCAGGGGAGACGUCAAUGACUCACGGAUCGAUCCAGCCGCCAGUCAUGGACAAGGAAGUCACAAAUAUCAUCGACUUCGCGAUGGUCGCCCAUCCCGCCAUCUAUAACGUGAUCAUGGGAACUCCAUGGAUAAACGACAUGAAAGCCUUCCCAUCUACAUAUCACUUGGGAGUCAAAUUCCCAACCCAAAACAGAAUCGCAGCCAUCUGGGGUUGUCAGAAGCAAUCACGACUUUGCUUCCUUGCGGAACAUAAGCUAAGACAAGCUACGACUACCGAAAUGACAAAACGCAAGCGCACGAAGAUAACUCAGCCUUCAGCUGAAAACACUUCGACGAAAGACGACUUACCAUCGUCUGCUGAAGAAACCAGCUAG